AUGUCGUUGUUCGGUUCUUCUCCCACUGAAUCUUCGCCACUGAACUCCAAGUCUUUGUUUGGCGACGAGCCUGCCCGUCCUAGUUCCACUUCCUCUCUCUUUGCCGACGACGGUGGUGAAUCGCCAUGGUCAAUGCCCACGCCCAAGAAGGCUGCCAGACAAAAUUUGGUCAAGAAUCUGCUCUCCGCCACCGAUGUGCCGGAUGGCUAUGUUGACGCAUACGACACUGUCUUGAAUGCAAACGAGCGAACUGGGGUUGGGAUUGGUUUGAGCGGCAUUAGGAAUGUCCUCCAAAGUAGCAAUCUAAGCGAGCAAGAACAGAGCAAAAUCUUCAACCUUGUGAUCCCAGGAGGCCGGGAAGGCGCCAAUGGAGUCGGUAGGAGUGAGUUCAAUGUCUUGCUCGCUCUCGUUGGCUUGGGGCAAGAAGGUGAAGACAUUACCCUCGACGGCGUCGAUGACAGGAGGAGGAAACUACCUGAACCGAAAAUCGCUUAUAUAGACCAACUGCGGUCCAAUGCUCAUCGGCCGGCAAAUACUCCUCGAUCCAAUAAUCCGACUCCAGUGAAGCCACAGAAGCCCCGACGAGAUUCCUUCGGGGGUGAUCCGACAUCAGAUCCGUGGGCCAGCCCGUCAAAUAACCGAUCACCACCGCCGUCCACCGCAGCUCACACAAUGUUGUCCAAUGGCACCUCCAAUCACAGCGCGAAGAGCGCACCAAACGGCAUUGUGAGAACAACCAGUACUUUCACUACAGGUGGUGAUCAACCUGGCAGCCACGGUGGUUCUCCCAACGACUCAUCGAGCAGUCCUGCCGCCGGUUGGAACAGCUACAAUGGCAACUCGGGAGGCUUCUCAGAGCAGCCAAUGCUAGGAGGAGGAUUUGGGGAUCCUGGAGAUGAUCAACAACCAAAUCGUCCCGGACAGGAUCCACAAAGCGCUGCCCAAAGUGUCACUUUACCACCUGGGACCGGUGAAAACGUUACCGUAACUUUGCUACCAGAAAAGGAGGGCAUGUUUCUUUUCCAACAUCACAAUUACGAGGUCAAAACGAUCAGAAGAGGGAGCAGUGUUGUCAGACGGUACAGUGACUUUGUUUGGCUACUUGACUGCUUGCAAAAGAGAUAUCCUUUCAGAAGAUUACCAUUGCUACCACCAAAGCGAGUUCAAGUCAACGGGACACACCUAUCAGCCGAUGUAGCUGUCUUCCUUGAGAAACGGAGGAGAGGGCUUGUCCGAUUUGCCAAUGCACUUGUCCAACAUCCGGUCCUGAGUCAGGAGACUUUGGUGGUGAUGUUCUUGACUGUACCAACUGAACUCGCAGUAUGGCGAAAACAAGCCACGAUAUCGGUCCAAGAAGAAUUUACUGGCAAGGCCUUACCUCCCACACUUGAGGACAGCCUCCCAUCCUCCCUUCCGGACCUUUUUGACCAAGUUCGUGUUGGUGUCAAACGCUCCGCGGAAAUAUACAUCAACCUGUGCGUGUUGUUGGAAAGGUUGGUGAAACGCAAUGAAGGACUUGCCGCAGACAAUGCGAAAUUCAGUCUUGCGUUGUCUCACCUGACUGACAGCAGCAAUGACACUUACGCCAUCGAUCCCAACGACGUGCCUCUUUUAAACGAAGGGAUCAUCUCGACCGCCAAACACCUGGCCACAUCUCAGACACUUCUGGAGGAUGAAGCAAAGGCUUGGGAUGUAGGAGUGCUCGAGGACUUCAAAGUGAUCCGGGAUCAUUUUGUAUCAAUGCGCGACAUGUUCGAUCGACGGGACCGAUAUGCUCGCGAUAAUAUCCCUCAACUCGAAAAAAGAAUUGAGGCUUCAGAGAACAAACUACAACAGCUGCGACAAAAGCCACCGGGGCAGGUCAAACCAGGCGAAAUGGAGAAAGUUGAAAGCAGCAUCAUGUCAGACAAAGAGAGCAUUGUUCAGCAACAUGCUCGAGGAGUAUUCAUCAAGGAAUGCAUCAGGGACGAGAUUGUGACCUUUCAAACGACGAUUUAUGCCAUCAGUCGUAUGCACCAAGAAUGGGGUCAAGAUCGAGUCAAGUAUGCAGAGUUACAGGCGAGCAAUUGGCGAAGUUUGGUUGAUGAGAUCGAAAGUAUGCCUGUAGGAGAGUAA